AUGGCGAAAAGUAGAUACCCAGAUAGACCGCCUAAUGGGAUAGGCUUUGGGGAUAGGCCCAAGUUGGUCCCGAAGCCGCUGAAUGUGGAAGUUGCCUUCAGUAAGCUCACGAAGCCGUUUAAAGUGCCGUACAAAGUAACGAAACGAGGCGAUUCUGCGCGUGCUGGUGCUGCUGGUGGGUUGACGUUGCGGAGGAGGUCCAAGACUAGGUCGUAUGCUGGGAUGGAUCUUUCAGCGGAAACUCCAGAGGUCACAGACACGGAGGGGAGACACCCGGUGAGAAAGGACGCCCUCAGCUCUAAGAGACUGCUGUUGGAGCCGGAGAGACUAGGUAAUAUAGAGGUCACGUUGAGGCGAUCGUUCACGGUGCCCAUAAAGGGUUACAUACAGAGACAUAGCUUACCACUGACUUUGGGGACUAAGAAAAAAGUUAUUCCGGAACCAAGACCACUGCAUGAUCCGGCAGGCGAGUUUGCUAUAGUACUGUACGACCCGUCAGUAGACGGAGAUAUGUUAGUGGAAGAUGAAACGCAGAAGCAAACCCCGUCUCAGUCACCGCCACCGGCAAAGGUGCCAGCAAAGAUCUCGAAGAAUCGGGGGUCUCCAGUGCCACCAGAUACACCGGCAGAACCGCCUAAGAAAAAAUACACACAUCCAAGACUGCUCUCGAAUGGUGUCAGAAACAAAACGUUGCAGGAACUUCUGGGGAUGGACGACUUGAACAACAUUGAAAAGAAGUUCGCUAACGUCCCCGUGGUAAUCGACCCGAAAUUGUCCAAGAUAUUGAGACCGCAUCAAGUGGAAGGUGUCAAGUUCUUGUACAGGUGUGUGACAGGCCUUGCAAUGAAGGACUUCAUGGACGCUGAAAAGUUAAACACAAUGAAGGAGCCGUCCCAAUUGCCGCCACAGCUGGAACCAGAGGGUAAAAGCCCAGCUAAGAACUCAGCUAAGGAACCAGUGGCAGAGGUGGUACCGGCCAGGAGAGGCGCAUAUGGGUGCAUUAUGGCUGAUGAAAUGGGACUCGGGAAGACGCUUCAAUGUAUUGCCCUGAUGUGGACUCUUCUGAGACAGGGUCCGCAAGGUAAACGGCUCAUCGAUAAGUGCAUAAUUGUUUGUCCAUCAUCGCUGGUAAACAACUGGGCCAACGAGUUGGUUAAAUGGCUAGGACCGGGGACAUUAUCACCACUGGCCAUCGAUGGGAAGAAAUCUUCUCUCGUGUCAGGCAGCUCCACGGUUUCAGAGGCAGUGCACGCUUGGGCGCAGGCGAAGGGGAGGAACGUCGUGAAACCCGUGCUUAUCAUAUCGUACGAGACACUGCGUAGGAAUGUCGACCAAUUAAAGAACUGUAACGUAGGGCUAAUGCUGGCAGAUGAGGGCCAUAGAUUGAAGAACGGUGACUCACUCACGUUUACGGCACUGGAUAGUAUCAACUGUCCCAGAAGAGUGAUCCUAUCCGGUACACCUAUCCAAAACGAUCUUUCUGAAUACUUUGCGUUGUUAAACUUCUCAAACCCAGGGUUACUAGGAACAAGGGCAGAAUUUAGGAAGAAUUUUGAAUUGCCCAUCUUAAGAGGACGAGACGCAGGAGCGACAGAUAAAGAAAUCAAAAAAAGUGAGGGCCAAUUGGAGAAACUAUCCAACGUGGUGUCCAAGUUCAUCAUCAGAAGAACUAACGAUAUUUUGUCAAAGUAUCUGCCUUGCAAGUAUGAGCACGUCAUUUUCGUUAACUUAAAACCCUUCCAGCACCAUCUUUACAAGGAACUGCUGGAAUCAAGAUCCGUGAAAAAAACAACAAAUGGCGAAGGUGGCUCACAACCUUUACAGGCAAUCGGUAUACUGAAGAAAUUAUGCAACCAUCCGAACCUGAUAGAAUUUGAGAAGGAAUUUGGGGAGGAUUACCCAGAUAAACUACAAAUUCCGCCCAAUUACAACUUCCCCGGGAGCAAGUCGAGAGACGUGCAAACGGAGUUCUCUGGGAAGUUUUCCAUCUUGCAGCGCUUUCUACACAAAAUCAAAACCGAAUCGGAUGACAAAAUUGUUUUGAUUUCCAACUAUACCCAGACGUUGGACUUGAUUGAGCGGAUGUGCAGGUAUCAACAUUACGGUUCUGUAAGAUUGGAUGGGACCAUGACCAUCAACAAGAGACAGAAUCUAGUAGACAGAUUCAAUGAUCCUGAGGGACAAGAGUUCAUUUUCCUACUGAGCUCCAAAGCCGGUGGGUGUGGUAUCAACUUGAUUGGUGCAAACAGACUAAUCUUGAUGGAUCCUGAUUGGAAUCCUGCUGCCGACCAACAGGCGUUGGCAAGAGUAUGGAGAGAUGGUCAGAAGAAAGAUUGUUUCAUUUACAGGUUCAUUACAACGGGAAGUAUUGAAGAGAAAAUAUUUCAAAGACAGUCAAUGAAAAUGAGUUUAAGUUCGUGUGUUGUCGAUGCAAAGGAGGACGUGGAGAGACUUUUCAGCGCGAAUAACUUAAAACAGCUUUUCCAGUUCAAAGAGAACACAAUUUGCGAGACGCACGAGACGUACCAUUGCAAGCGCUGUGACAAAAACGGUAGGCAAAGGUUGCGCUCCAAUGCAAUGCUAUACGGUGACGCUACUACUUGGAACCACUUGAACCACGCUGGACUAGAAAAGACGAACGACCAUUUAUUGCGUAAUGAAUUCCAUCAUAACGAUAUUAGUUACGCAUUCCAGUACAUCUCACAUUGA